AUGGUUAUUGCGGUUCGAUGUGAAGAGAUUGCUGAGGAGAAGCUCAAACAAUUUACUUCUGAUGAUGAUUGGUUGGCACUGAAGGAAGCUGUUGAAGCUGGUCCUGUAUCUGGGAUUGGAGCAACCCUCAGUUCUAUAUUGGAAAUCUUCUGGUCCUAG